AUGCAGAAUUUUGAAAUCGCAGAUGGGAAGAAUAAGAAGGGCUCCAGGGGGGAAGUAAAAAAUGUGUAUCGGAGUUUGGACAACGAAUUUAAUUUUGAGAAUGAGGAGGUGGCCCCGGAGGGGGAGAAGUCUGAUGGGUUCAACCAACCGGGUGUGAACCAACCUGGUGAGAAAGAACCUGGUGAGAAAGAACCUGGUGUUAACCAACCGGGUGAGAACCAACCUGGUGAGAACCAACCUGGUGUGAGGCAGGCGGGGAAGGGGGACGCAAACAUAAGGACGAUAAAAAUUGACAGGAAGAGUCUCAAAAAAAUAUUCAGCAGCCAGUUCUUCACACAGACACUGACCGACGACUCAAGUACCAACUCGUUCAGCGAGUUAAAAAUGAGCAAGCGUUAUGCUAUUGGGGAGUUCUUUAAGGCUAUGUUUGUAUUUAUUCUGUUCUUCACCACCUCAUACUUUGCCUUUUUUUAUAUUUACAAGAGUUACUUUGGGAACAGCCACCUGUGCGGCCACCUGGACCUGUACAAUUACAAAUACGAGGAUCAGGUUCGCUUCAUCCCCAGUGUUAGCGGUUCUAGGUAUUACGUCUUCACGGGUAAAUUCCCCUUCGACGUCAUAACACACAAGGUGCGAAAGGAGGCCCUAAAAGACAGUAUGAACGAGGAGCUGGACAAGUACAACAAAGAAAACGCGGGAAAGGACCCUCUCGAAAAAAUCAAAGACUUAGAUGACCAUCCCAUACAGAUCCUCUCCUUCGUGAAACGUAACAAUCAGAUGAAGUGUGAGAGAAAUAUAUUUGACCUGUACAGACCCUUUUACUUAAAGUCGACAGAUGUGGAUAUCAGUCAGCAGGACUUUAUCCUGAGUGAAGUGAACUACAGCUAUGUCACCAAUCCGUACAGCGUCCCCGAGGCAAGGCUCUACACCGAAGUGGCCAAUCUAAUGAAGAAGAGUGACGAGAAGAACAAAAUUUGCUACAUUACUUCAUAUUUGAAUUCCCUGCGGGAUGACAAGGGGGGGAAUGCAGGAAGGCAAGCGAUGGAUGUGGGAAGGCAAGCGAUGGAUGUUGGAAGGCAAGGGAUGGAUGUUGGAAGACAAGGGAUGGAUGUUGGAAGACAAGGGAUGGAUGUUGGAAGGCAGGGGAUGGAUGUUGGAAGACAAGGAGCGGAUGUGGGAGGGGUCCUCAGCGAGGGAAGUACCACCAGUUCAAACUCAGAGCAGAAGAAGGAGGAGACUCCAUCUAGUGAGGCUACCAACAAAGCAACAGAAAUCAUCACAUCAGCGUUCGAAGGUGCAAAGAGAUACUUUAAGGGAACACCUACUGGAGAAGACCAGGCCUCACAGAAGAAGGCCAACGACUGGGGGGUGGGAAGUUACUUCAGUAGUAUGUUCCAACCCCCCAAGAGGAAGAUCAUCUACCUCUACGAUUAUUACGACAACAACUUCGUGGACCUGCUCGUCGCCAUCCACAAAAUGCAGUAUGGUAAUACAUUCAGCGAUUUGAGGAUUUACUGGGAAGAAUUAAAGCGCAGGUUCAAGGUGGUCAGCCUGGAGGAGAUCUACCUGCUCGAGUGGUACUGCCUUGGCGUGAACUACAACUUAAUUGAAAAUAACAAUCCGUUCAAGUUAAACUGCGUUGAUCUUUUAAAGUAG